AUGCUGCUGGAAGCAGAGCUGGGGCGUGGGCGAGAGCGGCCCGGGGCCCCCGUGGCCGCGACCGUCUGCACCUUCAGCGGAACUCGGGAGAUCCCGCUGUGUGCCGGCUGUGACCAGCACAUCCUGGACCGCUUCAUCCUCAAGGCUCUGGACCGGCACUGGCAUAGCAAGUGCCUUCAGUGUAGCGACUGCCACACACCACUGGCCGAGCGCUGCUUCAGCCGCGGCGACAGCGUCUACUGCAAGGACGACUUCUUCAAGCGCUUCGGGACCAAGUGCGCGGCGUGCCAGCUGGGCAUCCCGCCCACUCAGGUGGUGCGCCGCGCCCAGGACUUCGUGUACCACCUGCACUGCUUCGCCUGCGUCGUGUGCAAGCGGCAGCUGGCCACGGGCGACGAGUUCUACCUCAUGGAGGACAGCCGGCUGGUGUGCAAGGCGGACUACGAGACCGCCAAACAGCGGGAGGCGGAGGCCACGGCCAAGCGGCCGCGCACGACCAUCACCGCCAAGCAGCUGGAGACGCUCAAGAGCGCCUACAACAACUCGCCGAAGCCGGCGCGCCACGUGCGCGAGCAGCUCUCCUCCGAGACCGGCCUGGACAUGCGCGUCGUGCAGGUGUGGUUCCAGAACCGCCGGGCCAAGGAGAAGAGGCUGAAGAAGGACGCGGGCCGCCAGCGCUGGGGCCAGUAUUUCCGCAGCAUGAAGCGCUCGCGCGGCAGCUCCAAGUCCGACAAGGACAGCGUCCCGGAGGAGAGGCAGGACAGCGACGCCGAGGUCUCCUUCACCGACGAGCCGUCUAUGGCAGAAAUGGGCCCAGCCGGUGGCCUCUACGGCAGCCUAGGGGAGCCCGCGCCUGCCCUGGGCCGUCCCGCGGGAGCGCCCGGCAGCUUCGCGCUGGAGCACGGAGGCCUGGCAGGCCCGGAGCCCUACCGCGAGCUGCGGCCCGGCAGCCCGUUCGGAGUCCCCAGGUCCCCAGGCGCCUUGCAGAACCUGCCGGGCCCUCAGCCCCUGCUCUCCAGCCUGGUGUACCCGGAGGCCGGCUUGGGCCUCGUGCCUGCGGGGGCCCCAGGAGGGCCCCCGGCCAUGAGGGUGCUGGCGGGGAACGGACCCAGCUCCGACCUGUCCACGGGGAGCAGCGGGGGCUACCCCGACUUCCCAGCCAGCCCUGCCUCCUGGCUGGAUGAGGUGGACCACGCUCAGUUCUGA